GAGGAAGAGAGGAAGACUCUCUCUUGCACACCUGCUCGCACCUUGGAGAGUGUGUCACACACACACACACACACACAGAGAGAGAGAGAGAGAGAGAGAGAGAGAGAGAGAGAGAGAGAGAGAGAGAGAGAGAGAGAGAGAGAGAGAGAGUUUUGUGAUGUGCCGAUUAUUCGAUAGGUGCAUGAUGAUAAUUGUUAUGAUCUGGACGCUGAUGGUGAGGAUUUUCCGGUGAUGGCGGUGUGACAGCGAGCACGGGCCAGGGAACACGUCGUCUGGACAGAUAGUGAGAACGGCUGAAGGAGGAGGGGCUUUUGGGUGAAGGAGGAGGCGGAGGGGAAGGCGGCGGCGGGUGCAAGGAGGGAGGACGGGGGUUGGGGUGAAAGAAGGUCUUCGACGGCUAGACGCGCGCUGCCAAUGCUGCACGCGCACGGGGAAGUUAAAUGUGGGAGGCGAGUGAUAGGAGGAGGAGGAGGAGGUGGUCUGGGAGCGGUAGGAGGAGGAGAAAGUGAAGUAACGACGGGGGAGCAGCGGAGGAGGUGGAGGGGGAGGGGAAGGGGGAGGGGGAGGAGGAGGACGAGACGCAGCUGCUGCUGCCGCAGCUCGUUCAUCUUGCCCAAGGGUGAUGCCCGCCGCCGAUGGCGUUGCGUUCAGCGGUCCCGUGUAUGCUCUUGGUAUUGCAGUAGUUGUACUAGUCGUCGUACUGGCUUUGAUUGGCAUUGCGUGCGCGGCGUUCGUGGUUCGCUUCCGGCUGAGGGUUAAGAAGCAGAACCUACUUUGUCUCCAGUGUUUUAAUGCGCUGUGGAUUGUGCGGGUGGUGCUAAUCGCCUUCGCGCUACUCUGUGCGGUCCUACAGCUUCUGCGCACACCCAUCGUGCAUGCAUGGCUGAUGAUGGACUUGUUCCGAGUGAGCGACACGUGGCAAGCGCACGUUUGCCGCAUGUACCUGGUCAUAGGUUCCGGAUUCGCGGAACCGUGCUUCUUCUUGUCAGCGCUAUUUUUAGUCCGCGGCUCCUUGAGGGAGUCGUCCUUAUCGACCAUCCCUUGUAAUCGACUAAGCAAGAGGCUGGUUCUGCUGACGGUAGUCUGUGCGCUGCCUAUCCUUGGCGCGCAAUUAGUUGUAGUCUUCUCAGACGUGAAGCUAGACGAAGGAGGAGGAGGAGGGGAGGUUGGCGCCAGCGAUGGUGGUUACGGCAAUUACGAGGCGGGAACGAAGAGCAGCGCCAGAAGUUGGCGGGAAAACAGUCUUGGGCGGUCUAGUGGUGGUCUUCCAUCGAAUUUGCCCGCGUACUUCGUUCGUUCCUCGGCAGUUUUCCCGCCAAUUCAAGGGGAAAAUGGCGUCAACUACAACGGUUCCGCGGGCGAUGGCGGGAAAAGUGGCGGCGGGAAUGUGCUCGUCGACACGCAAAGCCAUUUGGGGGAAAGAGGAGGAGGUGGGGUCCGGAACAAUGGGUGGGUGGGAAGUGCUGCCGUGAGCAGCCAAGGACAGGAUACUAGACGUAGUGGUAGCAAUAACAGUACCAGUCGUCUUACCAUCCUCAGCGGCAGGAAUGAUACCAGCAGCAGCAGCAGCAGUAGCAGUAGUAGUAGUAGUAGUAUUAGGAGUAGUUGGACAAGUGCGAGCAGCAUUGGCUCCUCUAGCGGUAGAAGUGAUAGUAGUAGUGGAGGGGGGGAGGAGAGUAGGGGAGAGAGAGAGAAAGAGAGGACGACGAGAGUGUGCACUCAGCCGCUUCUUAGCACUCUGGCGCUAGCGGUUUUCGCCCUUGUUUAUCUGAUUUGUUUCUUCCGUAUUUGCUGGUUGAUGUCCGCGCGGAUAAUCAACAAGAAUCUGCAGUGGCGGCUGUACCUUCUUCAGGGUGUCUUGUCGAUCGCUUGGCCUUUGAGAUUGGUCGUCUUGGGAGUAGGGUCGCCGGAAAUGCCAGGGUCGUUUGAACAUGAGAGCGAAAUGUUCCUAACAGUAGUGCUGCUAGGUGUAUGCCUGGUAAUGGGGGAGGUGAUUCUCGUGCUCUGGCCGACAUGGGAUGCGUAUAUCGUGAGCAAUAUGCUACAGAGAGGAUCAGGCAAGUGGAGAGGAGGAGGAGGAGGAGGAGGAGGGAAAAGAAACGGGAAGGGGAGAAGAUAUGGAAGGGGAGAUGACUCCGCAGGUGUGUUUUUCUACGGAGAGCCGGGGGAGGAGGGGGAGGAGGAGGAGGAGGAGGAGGAAGAGGAAUUGGAAGGAGGAGGAGGAGGAGGAGGAGGAGGAGGAGGAAAGAGGGGUGGGAAUGUGGGGGACUACGAAAGAGGGUGGUUUGCAUCAGUGAGGAACUCGGGAAGUUAUGUGGAGGGAGGUACAGUGGACUACAGCGCGUCGGCGGCAGUUCGCUUGAGGGUCGUGCGAUGCUUCAGAUCUUCUCUCUCACUCUUUACGGCCAAGAAGUUGACCAGGUUCUUUUCACUGUCGAAAAGCGCGUUGCUUAAUAGUACCACUUUCUCCUCCUCUGCCUCUUCCUCCUCCCUCAGAUUCGGUGCAAGCAAGCAGAGACGAAAGUAGGUGAUUAGCACACCUACAGGUAGCCAGCUAGAGAGAGAGAGAGAGAGAGAGAGAGAGAGAGAGAGAGAGAGAGAGAGAGAGAGAGAGAGAGAGAGAGAGAGAGAGGAAAGGAUUUUGUUUUGAGCAGUUGGGUGGCUCCGGUGCUGUGUGUCUGUGCCGUCUUCCCAUGGGCCAUUAUUUCCUAAUCGCCUUUUUUUUUUUUUUUUCUCUAGUUGUCGUAUCUUCUUUACUGAAUCUAUUUGUUCGACGACUAGCGUCUUCCCCCGCG